AUGACUCUCUAUAGCACGUAUACAAGUCUUACACGAGACCCUGCAUAUACUUACAAGUUGGUGCAACUCACCAAUGACGUUCGAGAGAGACUAGAAAAGGGUGAACAGAUCACCAUCAAAUCAGAUCCCAAUGUCCCCUCUCAUCUUGUGCUAACCGCGUCAGACUCUACGUGGAAGAUCCGUCAGAUGAAACAUACCAAUACUGCGUUGGUGAUGUCGAGCAGAAGUGACUGGAGUCCCAUGUUUGGUGCCGACAGGGCCUCGGAUCUGAACGCUCUUGUGAGCAUCGCUAGUCUUACAUAUGAAUAUGAGUUGACACCAACUAAAGGUACAAUUACCAUUACUGAUUUGCCUGUUUAUGAUCCCAAAACAAAGGAUACGAGAGAAAAUGUCAAGAGCAUAUCGUUGGACAAGUUGCUUUGUGAUUCUUGUAUCUCCGAGAAAGAGUUCUAUCAACAAUGGUAUAAGCUUGGAGGUUGUGACAUCAAGGGAAAUGCCACCAUUCUUAGUCCCAGAUAUAUUUCAGAGCUUCUCCAACUCAUAAUCACCUUACUUAUUCGACAUAAAAUACUAGACAUCAAGUCUGAGGGCAUAGUGGACAAGAUGCCACAAAUAAUUCACCUCAUUCAACAGCAUGCUUCCACCAUCCCUGUGUCGGCCAUAGAGACAGUAGUUCAUAAGUUUUCUGAUGUUUCCACUGGUCAAUUGGACCAUAGUUCUGUGUCUGAAUGGUUUGGAAUAGAAACACUUCAAAAACAAGCAUCUAUUCGAGCACUUUCGGUUCGAGAUUUCCUCAUGGAAUGGAAAUCGGCUCUUCCUCCGUUCUACAAUGCUCCCCUUGAUAUCACGCAGUUGCAGGGAUACUAUUAUAAGCCAGCAUUGGACUCGGUUGCUUAUUUGGACUCUUCCAACCUAGCAGUACUGGACUUAUCUGCGCGUGUCAAGGAACUCUUUUCCAUUGCCAAAGAAUGGGAAUGGGAAGACUUUGCUCCAUUCAUAAUGUCGUUCGUUCCGUCAGGAAAAAAGCCUGAUGCGUUUAUGUUGAAAUACUGCAAACGUCGCCGGAGUGGAGCAUGUGCUGGAACAUCCACAGACCUUGCAUUCUUUCCAAUAGAUUCCGUGAAGACAAGAUUACAAGCCAAAGGAGGGUUUUUCGCUAAUGGAGGGUGGAAAGGCAUUUAUCGUGGGUUAGGACUGUGUGUGAUUGCUCUGGCCCCACUGGCCCUGUUGUUCUUUGUUACUUAUGAUGGAUUGAAACGGAAAUUGAUUCAAGAGAACAAUAUGAACCCAACAAUAGGACAUAUGAUUGCUGCCUCCUUUGGAGAAAUCGCUGCAUGUUUUGUUAGGGUUCCUGCUGAAGUUGUUAAGCAAAGAACUCAAGUUGGUAGUGCUGGGAAGGUAACUUCAUGGGAUAACUUUGUGUACUUGUUACGCAACCAAUCAGGUGAAGGAGUCAUUAGAGGACUAUAUCGUGGAUGGUCAACUACUAUAAUGCGUGAGAUUCCCUUUACAGUGAUUCAGUUCCCUCUUUACGAAGAACUCAAGAGUCAAUGGGCAUUAGCCAAUGGGGAAACCCCUUUGGCACCUUGGAAGGGUGCAGUCUGUGGAUCUAUAGCUGGAGGAGUGGCUGCUGCACUUACUACACCAUUAGACGUGAUCAAGACUCGUAUAAUGCUAGAAAAGAAAUCUAUGGGUGUUAAGGUGGUGGUUAGUCGAAUGAUCAAAGAUGAAGGUUAUUCUGUGUUCUUCCAUGGUAUUGGGCCUCGAACGUGUUGGGUCAGUGCUGGUGGAGCUAUCUUCUUAGGAUGCUAUGAGAUGGUUAGUUCUACGUUGAGUCAAGUGACGAAAUAA